AACAAUAUUUUGAACUGGACUCGGACCACAGGAAAGCCAGACGACUGAUCACAGUGUCUGAUCUUCUGACUAGAGACAGACCAAGCUAAAGUGAACACAGAGAUGUCUGUGUCUCUUAGUAAUAUUCGUCUUCGAUUACCCACCGCUUCAGUCCCACCAAAACCCAUGAUUCUCGAUGGAGUUCUCCCAUUUCGUGUACCAAAAGCUCAUAUAUCCUCAUUCCGUUUUGCUUUCAAACCAAACCAAAUCUUUGGAACUCAGACCCCAAGAAUCUUCACUCAGAGAGUGUCCGAUGAACGCAGAGAAACACAAGUAACAACCGAAGAAGAAGAAGAAAAGGUUGUUGAGUUUCAGAGGCUCUUCUCUAAUCUUAAUCAAUCAACAUUGAAGCGAGAAUCCGGAAGUUUGUCCAGUGCGAUUUUCUUGGUUGCUGGCACUACUGUAGGUGCAGGGAUACUUGCAAUUCCAGCCGUGACACAAGAAUCAGGUUUCCUGGCCUCUGCAGUUGCCUGUAUUUUCUGUUGGGCUUUCAUGGUUGUGACAGGUUUGCUGGUUGCUGAAGUAAAUGUCAACACCAUGAGUGAACUAGGCUCUGGAGGCGUAUCUCUCGUCUCGAUGGCGAAGCGGACUCUUGGGUCUGCUGGAGUUCAAGUUGUUUCUUGGUCCUACAUUCUUAUACAUUACACCCUUCUCGUGGCCUACUUAGCUCGGUCUUCAGGCAUCAUUACAAACUUCCUCGGCAUUCCAAUAUGGGAGAGUGCAACUCUGUUCUCUAUGGUCUUCGGAGGCCUUUGCUUCUUUGGAAGCCAAAGGUUCAUCGGUGCAGCUAAUGGAGUUCUAGUGUUUGGAGUAAUUGCAUCGUUUGCAGCACUAGUGGCAGUUGCGAGUGGAAACUUGCACUGGGAAGCUCUUCUCAAGGCUAAUUUUGAGGCAGUUCCUAUGAGUAUACCCAUUCUUUCCCUUUCAUUUGUUUAUCAGAAUGUGGUGCCGGUCCUCUGCACAGAUCUUGAAGGAGACUUGCCGAAAGUAAGAACCGCGAUUGUUCUUGGCACAGCCAUACCACUUGGCUUGUUUCUUGUGUGGAACGCUGUAAUUCUUGGAUCGUUUCCAGCAGAUAUUGGGGUGGCUGCUGAGAAAAUGGUUGAUCCUCUGCAGCAGUUGAGAUCAAGCAAUGUCAUUGUCGGUCCUUUUGUGGAAGCAUUCUCUCUUUUUGCAAUAGCAACAUCCUAUAUCGGAUUUGUCUUAGGCCUCUCUGAUUUCUUCUCUGACUUAUUGAAGCUCCCAAGUGGCCAGAACAAGCCUCUUCUUUACCUACUCACACUGGUUCCACCGCUUGUCCUGUCACUGCUAGACCCAGAGAUUUUCUUCAAAGCCUUAGAUUUUGCAGGGACUUAUGGAGUUCUGGUUUUGUUCGGAAUCAUCCCAGGGGCAAUGUCUUGGUCAGAUAGGUACAUAGUCUCAUCAGCAACAGGAACAAGAUUGCCGCAGCUUGUUCCAGGCGGGAAAGUCACCCUUUCUCUUGUGAUGGGAGCAGCAGGAUACGUGAUUGUUUCUGAAGUAAUAGAGAAUUUUACAAAGUUUCUCAACAUUAAUGAAUAGGAACAAGGAAUUUAUAAUUUAGUGUUAUUGUAAUAUGAAAGAGGUCUUGCAACUAGAAAAGAAACAUCUUCAGAAAACCAUACAAACGAAAACAAAA